CUGUUACCACCAUUUUCAUCAGCAGUAAAUAUAUGUAUUAUUGGAAUUGAUAUUGUAUCCUUUUACAGGUGAAGUGGAUGAAGCAACAGAGUCCAGAACUUUUCAGAAUUGGGCCGAAAAUAUGCAAAGUUACAAGAAUGGUAUUUACACUUCCCAAGCAUGGUAAAUUUACUCACUGAGCAUUAUGAAGAACAAACAGUCAACUCCAUACCAAUUUGCUCAUCAUCUUUACUGUUUCCUUGAUAUAGCUUCAGGGUACAAUACUACUGGGUUACAAGAACAGUUUUACUGCGUAGGUGGAGAGAUAUGCCAGACUACAUUCCUUAAAUAUGCGAGUUCAGCAGAAAAUAAUCGGUAACCACAUGUUGUAUACAAAACUAGUGCCCAAAAAUUGAUACUAGAAUAAAACAGUUUUAAUCAUCCUGUCCUCAAAUGAACUGUGUUGCACACAUAAAAAUAACAUUAUUGACUGUUGUGUAAUUUCAGUGAAGUGAAAAGGCAUUUCUAAAACCAAAAUUGCGCAAAUGCACACACAAUUAUACAAACACAUACACAAUGUGUAUUCAGUGCUCACAGAACGUAAUAGGAGGAGGAUCAGUCACAACAAAACAUAACAAGCUACGCGUGCAGGACACUGUACAGAUGGUCCUGCAAAACUAUGUAAUGUAAAAUCACAUUAGCAAUAAACAAAACCCACUGGUGAUGGCACAGAGGUGCCGAAACAUGUUUGGGUAAUGAGAGAGAGAGAGAGAGAGAGAGAGAGAGAGAGAGAGAGAGAGAGAGAGAGAUAUGUUUUUGCAUAAGAGAUGGAACCUUUAUCUGACAAUGGUCCAUAAGAAUCCUGACCUUGAAUAUAUGAGAGGUGUUCAAGAAAAAUAUUUGUAGAAAGUCGAGUAUUGUACACACUUGCAGGUACAGUUGUUAAAGAAUGACUCUUAAUAUGGCAGUAUCUUUGGAUAAACAAUACACUUAUUGCUGAGAACUGAUUUGAAAACAACACAUGCAUCACAUAAAACAAAGUGGGUUGGAUCAAACAACUUCAGUGAAACACAGGUGGGAGAAAGGAUCAAACCACUUCAGUGGAACACAGGUGGGAGAAACAGAACAAAAUACAGUUUGAAAAUUGUAGGAAUGUUUGCCCAUUCAAAUGCAAUACUUCUAACAAGGCUGAGAUGGUAUGGACACAUUAAGAGAAUGGAGGAGAAGAGGAUACCCAGGAGGAUACACGAGAUGAAACUGGAAGAGACAAAGAGGAAGAGCAAGAGACAGAUGGCUGAAAGGAGUAGAGGAAUGUGUCCAGACGAAAGGAGAAGACUGGACCUAGGUGAAGAUCGAGAGAUGGUGGCAAGAUGGAGAGGCCUAUGUUCCAUACAGACCUGGCCAGAGGCUGGAAACUGUCAAAGAUGAUGAUGAUGAUGAUGAUGACUUCUAACAGAGAAUAUGAUACAACUUAGAGGCAACAAAUGAUGGUUUUGAAGAGGUUGACAGUCCUUCAUGCCAUGUGACACCUACUUGUGAAAAGUCCUGAGAUAUAGAAACAUUUUCAUGAAUUAAGGAGGUGGGCAGUGCCGCUCUCAGGUGAGAGUGCGUUGCAGCUGUAGAUAAAUACAAUUUAUGUCUACAGUGUUUAAACUGGUGAAUCUGUGCUGAUGUUCUUCUGAAUGAGUAUGAUAAAGAGGAAGUCUUCACGAAAAGCAAUAAACUGGAGUAAAUGUAACAACUCGUCUAACAGGAGAGGUGUUGAGUUGUCAACAGGCACAUAAACAAGACUGAAAACUUCAGUAGCUGCAGCAAAGCUGGUACAUGACUGCUUUUUCAUGGGUGUCCCUUCCUGUAAUGGGGUAGGAUAAGCGUGUAGUAGAUCUGAAAAACGGUGGGGUGCUAGGUGGGUGUACCUGACAUGUCUUGCACCCGGCACUCGAUUUCAGUGGCUGCUUCAGGACCCUUGCCUUCUGAAUACUAUCGCUAGACACCAGCUUCUCCAAACUAUGUACGUGGGAUUCGUCCUGACAAUACAUCCUCUGUUCCCGUAAUCUAUUGGGCCUCGAUGUCUGCUAUACACUGCCCUGCUCCCCUGUCCACCUUGCCCCAGGACCCUAACUUCGCUCAUUCUGCACCAACACCCUCCUCCCUGCAAAUCUCCCCUUCCUCUGUUCUAUCACACACUCCCAGUCCACUCCUUUCAUCAGCCUCCCUUCCUGAGCCCAUCCUGCACCCCAUCUUGUCUCCCUGUGCCGACUCCACCUGACACAACCUUCCACCUUAGUCAAGCUGCAGAACAGCGGUCCCGGUAGAGUGUAUUAGGCCAGCACGGUGUAGCAUUACGUGUGUGCGUGGGUGGGUGCACGCAUACAGCCCUCUUUAUGUGCCUGUUGAUGACUUGACAUUACUUCAAUGGGCAACAUGUCAUUUGUUUAUCGUGGACCAAUUAGACCUUGCAUGUUAGAUGCAAGCAACUUAGCACAUUAUGUGCCAGGUUUUUGUUGAAUCACUUUAAUGAGCACUGUUUUGUUGAAGGGCAUACUGAGUCUUCACCUCAAAGUGAAUAAUACUGACUUCAUUAACUCAGAAAGCUUAUCUAGUUUUUUUCUGUGUAACAGCACAAGAAUGUAAUAGGUGUGUGUUCCUAAUUAUUCCUGGUGGUUCUUGUUCUUUUUGAUUCUGAUUGCAGGAUUCCUGGCUUGUCAGAUAAAUUCUUAUAUUUCAAUGAUGAUGUGAUGCUUGGCAAGGAAGUUUGGCCAGAAGACUUUAUUACCUAUUCUAAAGGGCAGAAGGUAUACUUCUCAUGGUCAGUUCCAGACUGUUCAGUUUUAUGUCCAUGGUCUUACAUCAAUGAUGGCUCCUGUGAUGUUGCAUGUAACACUUCAGACUGCUUUUAUGACGGUGGCGACUGCGAUCUCGGAAAUGGAGAUGCCGGAAGUAAUGGUGGCGUGGAAAUGUAUGAUGAGAACAACCAGAGCAUGGAUGCUUUCAAUGAUGAAGGAUUUGACAGUCAGCUCAAUUUUGAAGACAAUAAUGACAAUCCAUUCAAGCACAUAAACUUUUUUGAUGACAUGGAUAGGAAAGAAGGAAGUCGCCAGGAGGAUUCAGUAGCUCAACUUUUUAACACCUCAGAAAGAGAAACACUUACAGAAAAUACUCUCAGUGCAAUUAACAGUGUUGAAGAAAAUAAUGAAUAUACUGAACCUGUAGCAUCAUCAUCUACAGCUCCUCAUGUUUCUGUAAGUCGCCAAACUAACUAUAAAUUCCAUUAUAACUAUGACAGAACAUUGUCACAUGAUUCAGUCACCAAAUUUCCUGUUGGUUCUAAUGAAACUGUAGGACCGCUGACACCAGAUAACAGUGUGUCACUUGGUACUGGUCGAUUCUCAAGUGUUCCUGAUGUAAACAAAGAGGUUGAUGUUAAUGACUAUAACAGCACUAGAACAUUUGCUACCAAGUAUGUGGGCAAAUUUGUCAGUUCUAUCAAUAGGAAGCCAAACUCCAUUGAUGAUAACUUUCAACUUGCAGAUGAAACCAGACAUGUGAAAAACGCGGACGGAAGUUCUCACAAAACCAGACGCCAGUCAUCUUUGAGGAAAAUCGUGAAAGAUAUGAUCAAACAAAACAGGAAAAAUUAUGGAAAAUACCACAGAUGGGACAGAACUAAUGUUGAAAAAAUUAUUCCUAAUGCUUCUAAACCAAGAAAGGCAUUUCUGGAGCGUGUUAAUGGCAUGAGUGUCACAGAAUUUCCUCACGAGAAACAGAAUUACAACCAAUUACGUGUUUAUCGAACACCUUACGGAAUAUCUCGAAAGGUGCUUAGAGACUCGUUUGCUGGGUCAUUGCUCUACGUAAAUCGCCUUUAUAGCAAGGAAUUUGGUUUUGAGGUGCGAAAAGUUCCUGCACAUAUGCCUCACCUCAUAGAUAAAAAGAUAAUGGAAGAUUUGCAGAGAAGAUUUCAGGACGAAUGGCUCUUGACCUCUUCGCAUAAGAUACGUAGAGCAAAUGAUAUGCAGUAUGCUUUCUCUUACUUUUAUUUUCUUAUGAGUGAAAAGAAGUCGCGAUCUGCUUCAGAGAUAUUUGACAUAUUUGACACUGAUCAGUCAGGAACAUUGUCUGACAGAGAAAUUAGGACACUUCUGGCGAGACUUUAUGAAUUGCCCAUUGGCUUUCACCGUGUUACAGCCUUUACCAACAAAGUAAUAAAUUGUUCUAGAACAGUGCCACAUGUAGUAUAUGAGAGAGAAGCAUUCACACCGAUGUAUGAGAGGUACCAGGACUCCAGGCUUCCUAUUGUGAGCAGACCACUUGUGGUGAAUUGUGGGCCAUUGGCGAAGUUGUUAACAUCCAAGUUUGGCUCAGUAAAAAGGUAUAAAUAUGAAAUAGUGAAAGAUAAACAUCAAGAUGUGACUUUCAAAAUGAUUAAUUCAAACAUAACCCACGUGGUCUCUGUUCUAGAUGAAAUACGGAAGGAACCAAAGAAAUUCAUAUGUCUGAAUGACAAUCUGGACCCUGCCGUUGAGAAAGUCAAUGAUGUGAUUCGUGCAGUUCUGCAGGACUUUUAUGAAGCACUGUUUCCUGCUCCAUCAUCUUUUGAACUGCCACCAGAAUACCGAAAUCGGUUUCUGCAUGUAUCAGAACUGGAGGCUUGGAGAGCGAGCCGAAAUAUUGCACGCGUGUUUGUAUAUUUAUGCCUAGCUUUACUUCUCAGCUUUUCACUUGUCAGUUUCCUUCUGAUUGAGCGCCAGGUUCGAUGCCGUCGUAAAGCGUCAAAUGGCAAUCUGGCAAGACAAUAUGCAGAUGUGGGCGUGUAAUGUGUAAAGAAUGCUACAGGUUCUGAACCACAAUCUAGUCACAAUGUAAAUAAUAUUUCCUUACAUUCCAGUUUUUGAUGGAUAUAUUUGUAAUUUGUUUAUUAAUAAUUUUUGUCUUAAAUAAUACUUUUUGUAAUAUGAAUAGGCAAUGAAUGUAAGAUGUGUGUGUAUAUAUAUGGCAUCAGACUGUUUGUUUGUAAUAGUGUGAAUAAGGAAGAGCUGUACAGUUCAUAUAAAACAUCACACCAUUUUGUGUGUACAGCAAAUACACCAGUGGUGUUAGAAAUGUAA